UUCUGGCUGGUCAGAGCUUUCUCUUUCUCUCUCUUCUCUCUCUUUUUUGCGAGUGAUCCAGUCCCGAUCGAGCCAUCAGGCUGUUCAGAGCAGAACACAUGUUUCAUUUUGGGCUGAAAUAGGAACAUUUGUCUGAGACAAGAGACUGAACAGAGGAGACAUGGAAACUGUGGUUGUAAUGAUGGUGGUGCUGGGACUCUGUCAUGGUGUAGAAACCUACUGUGAUGGCAGACAGAACGGAACUCAGUGUUAUGGAGCUUUAGGAGGAACAGUGGACGUUCAGCUGAUGGACAGAGACUCAAGAAUAUAUAGAUACUGGUGGAAAAAGGAUCAAAGACUGAUACUGGGUGGCAGAAUGGAUCAAAUUCUGUCUAAUCAUAUAGAAAACAGAUCCGUGUUUACUCCCAGUAAUGGAACAAUCAGGAUCAUUAACCUGAGCAGGAAUGACAGUGGUGAAUAUCAGCUUGAACUCUAUGAUUCAAAUGGACAGAAAUCAGAGGAACGAACUCUACAUUUGACCGUUCAAGCUCCUGUGGGCUCCGUCCUGCUGCUCUCUGAGUGUCUGUCUGAGGGACAGAUGAGGGCGUCCUGCUCCUCUGAGGGAGGGGACAGUCCUCAGUACAGCUGGACUCUGGAUGGACACACACUGACACAUGCUGAGCUCCUCUCUGGAAACAAUGAGACCAACAACAUCACUCUGAAACAACACGUCUCAGGACGUCUGCUCUGUUCAGUCAGGAAUCAAGUCAGUCGUGUCUCCAGAGAAGAGACGAUCACUGACUGUGGCUUCAUCUUCAUUAACUGCACCUCAUUCAAUGGGACUUACAUCUCACAGUCGGUGUCUGCAGCUAAUAACACUCUGUGUGUUGAACCAACAACUCAUCCUACUACAGUCACAGAAGCUCAUGUCUCCACUGUCGGAAACGGCGGAGAGCGGACCCAAAUGCACGGUGCCAGGACACGAGAAACCUACUGUGACGGCAGACAGGACAGAGCUCAGUGUUAUGGAGCUUUAGGAGGAACAGUGGACGUUCAGCUGAUGGACAGAGCCUCAGACGUACAUAAAUACCAGUGGAUAAAGGACCAAAGAGUGAUACUGGGUGGGAGAAGGGACAGAUUCCUAUCUAAUCCGCUAGAAGACAGAUUCUUGUUUACUCCCAGUAAUGGAACAAUCAGGAUCAACAACCUGAGCAGGAAUGAUAGUGGUGAAUAUCAGAUUGAACUCUAUGAUUCAGAAGGAAAGAACAAGAAACGGACUCUACAUUUGACCAUUCAAGCUCCUGUGGGCUCCGUCCUGCUGCUCUCUGAGUGUCUGUCUGAGGGACAGAUGAGGGCGUCCUGCUCCUCUGAGGGAGGGGACAGUCCUCAGUACAGCUGGACUCUGGAUGGACACACACUGACACAUGCUGAGCUCCUCUCUGGAAACAAUGAGACCAACAACAUCACUCUGAAACAACACGUCUCAGGACGUCUGCUCUGUUCAGUCAGGAAUCAAGUCAAUAAUGUCUCCAAAGAAGAGACGAUCACUGACUGUGGCUUCAUCUUCAUUAACUGCACCUCACCCAAUGGGACUCACAUGUCACGGUGGGUCUUUGCAGCUAAUAACAAUCCAUGUGUUGAACCAACAGCUCAUCCUACUACAGUCACAGAAGCUCACGUUUCCGUUGUGGAAACCUACUGUGACGGCAGACAGGACAGAGCUCAGUGUUAUGGAGCUUUAGGAGGAACAGUGGACGUUCAGCUGAUGGACAGAGCCUCAGACGUACAUAAAUACCAGUGGAUAAAGGACCAAAGAGUGAUACUGGGUGGGAGAAGGGACAGAUUUCUAUCUAAUCAUAUAGAAGUAAGAUCCUUGUUUACUCCCAGUAAUGGAACAAUCAGGAUCAACAACCUGAGCAGAAAUGAUAGUGGUGAAUAUCAGCUUGAAACCUAUGAUUCAGACGGACGUAGAUUGGAUCAGCGAACAUUAAGCCUUAUUGUUCAAGCUCCUGUGGGCUCCGUCCUGCUGCUCUCUGAGUGUCUGUCUGAGGGACAGAUGAGGGCGUCCUGCUCCUCUGAGGGAGGGGACAGUCCUCAGUACAGCUGGACUCUGGAUGGACACACACUGACACAUGCUGAGCUCCUCUCUGGAAACAAUGAGAGCAACAACAUCACUCUGAAACAACACGUCUCAGGACGUCUGCUCUGUUCAGUCAGGAAUCAAGUCAGUCGUGUCUCCAAAGAAGAGUCAAUAUCUCCCUGUAAAGGUCUCUCUCUGCUCAUUUGUGGUUUGGAGUCUGCAGUAGCAGCUGUUUCACUGGGUGUGAUCUGCAUCUAUUUUUAUUGGAAGAAGAGGAAAUAUGAGCAGCUUUCAGCCCCCGCAACACAAACAAUUGAAUUGAUCUGAGAAGAUUAUUUUUUUAUUGCUGAUUCAGGAGAUCACCUUCAUCCCUGGACAUCAAAGACAGAAAUGAUCAGAGCACCGUUCAUUUGUCAUUUGUUGUAAACUGUCAGAUUAUGUAAACUAUAUUUAGUGGUCACUGACUAAAUAUGAUACCACUCAAUUAAAGUACAGUGCAAUCAAAGUAAAUAACAUUGUAGAUUAGCUAACAAUUAAUUACAUGUUGAUUUAUACUGUUUUGCUUUUGUUCACAUUGGGUUAUUAUAAAUAUAAUGCAAGUUUGAGAUUGUGCAGAAAAUAUAUUAUUUAUUUAUAUAAUAUUUUACAAAUAUAACUUUUUUUUGCAAAAGGGAAUUUCUUUUUCUGAACAUAUCUGACCAUAUAACAUAUGUUACUUUCCUACAUAUGAAUGCUACAGAUGUGAGUAUACAGCUGCUAACUUAGACAUAUACAGGUUUGUUGCUAAAACAUAACAAACAUAAAACAGACUCUUAGAAGCAGCAUGCGGUUAUUUUAGCACAUACUGUAUUUUAUAGCUGAGGAACCGAAACAUUGGCCAGAAUCUUCUUGGUGAGUCAUCAUUAUUUGCAGCAGCUAAUCAAAAAAAGGACACAAAAUAAAAAACAAUUCUCUCAUCA